GAAAAUAAGUUUUAACGGUUUUUAACUAAAAUGACCUCUACCCGUAAAGAAACUUUGAAAGAUGACAUGUCCCUUUCAUAUUGGACUGAGCGAUGGGAAAAUGGAAAGACUGGAUGGCAUAGAAAUGACAUAAAUCCUGGAUUAGUUGACAACGUCGAAAAACUUUUAAAUGGCAGAAGUCAGGUGAAAAUAUUCUUUCCUCUUUGUGGAAAAAGUAUGGAUAUGAAAUGGAUGUAUGAUCAAGGCCAUACUAUUAUUGGCGUUGAAGGUUUCUCGAAGGCAAUUGAAGAGUUUUUUAAGGAAAAUGAUUUGGAAUACACAAAAGAAGGGAGUGUGUAUUCGACCAAUGAUAAGAGAUUGAUCAUUCACAAUCGAGACCUCUAUGAUUGUAAUGUAGAAUUACUAGGAAAGGUAGAUGCUAUCUGGGAUCGUGGAAGUUUUGUAGCUAUCAAUUAUUCUGAUAGACCAAAAUACAUAUCUUUAAUGCAGUCAUUUUGCACCCGUGAAACUCGAUAUUUAUUGAAUACACUGGUUUAUGACACCAGUCUAUUUAGCGGACCACCACUUUGCGCUACAAAAGAUGAUAUUAAUAAUUUAGUCUCUAGCUGGGCUACCAUAGAAAAAGUCUACGAGACAGAUGAAUUAAAUGACCGUUGGCGGGCAAUUGGAUUGAAAUCUUUCAUACGAGAGGUAUUCUUAAUAAUUCCUAAUUAG